GGAAGGCGUGCGCGCUGCGUCACCUCCGGCGCGCCGCGGCGAUGGAGGUGCUGCUGGAGCAGCUGGAGCGGUUCGCCGAGGUGCUGGCCGUGUCCCGCACGCGCCACGCCAGCAGUUGGGGCCGCGUGGCCGUGCGCCGCUCGCUGUGCUGGGCUCGCUACCUGCGACACGUGCACGGACGCUUCCGCCUCCGCGGCCCGGUGCGGGCGGCGCUGGAAGGGAGGCUGCGGCGCCUGCGGCUGCGGCCUGCGCCGCUCGGCGGGGACGCGGCCCCCGCGGCCCCCUGCCCGGAGUCCGGCCCGCCGCUCAGCUUCGAGGGCCUGGGCUGCGGGGAGCAGCUGUUGGCGCUGGGGCUGCUGGAGAACGCGUCGCUGCCCAGCCCCGCGCUGCACGAGCUGCUGCAGCGCCUGCGGCCCGAGGGGCCCGCGGAGCCCUCGGAGGAAGGCCUGGGAAACCGCCUCGCCGAGCUGGCCCGCCGCCGGGCCGCCUCCCAGCUGCUGCGGCCGCUGCUGGGCUCGGGCCCGGCCCAGCCCGACCCCGUGCUCCGCCGGACCGAGGCCGAGCUGCUGCUGCUGCGGCUCCGCCAAGAGGCCGAGGCCGAGCCCGGCGCCGAGGCCCUGCUCCUGGACCGCCUGUGGCAGCAGCUGCCCCAGCCCCGCUGGCUGGCCGUGGUGGCCGAAGCGCUGCUGCUGCCGCCCGCGCCCGGGCCCAGAGGGGCGGCUUGCGCUCCCGACGAGGAUGAUCCCGGGAGCCCGUCGGACCUGGGCCCGGCCCCCGCCGCGCCCCUGCUGGCCUGGCUCCUGUCCCGGCCCGCCCCGCUGGCCGCCCUCUGCCGCCUGCUGCCCGCGCCUCUGCUGGCCUCGCUGGCCGGCCGCCACGCCGACCUGGCCGAAGCCUGCCUGGACUUGCUCUGGGACUGGGCCGGCCACCUGCACUUCGACCUGACUAAGGGCGCCUGGGUGGGUUCGGACCCCGAGGGGCUCACGUGGGAGCGGCUCCGGGACUGCUUCCGAUGCUUCUGCCAGGCCCCGGCCCCCCUGAGCCUCCAGGCGCGCAUCGCCUUGGACAGCUGCAGGGCCCGAGAUGGCGGCUUCGAGGCCCCGGGGCUCAGCGUGUGGACCGACCUGGAGCGAGAGCUAGGCGUGGAGGAGCCCCCCGGGGAGGGCUGAGGCUCCCGGCGCGCGCACGCGUGGGCCGUUCCUGACCAGAGCUGGGGAAAGCAAGCUCCCGGGUCCGCCCGGCCUGCUCCCGGGCUGCGAGAACCAACUAACCCCGGGCCUCCAUCCCCAGUGUGCACGUCCCAGUGCCCAAAUCAAACCCCAGUUCUUCCCUCCUCUACCAGCACUUUACAUUAGGAGCGCCUUUCACCGUUACUAUACUAUUUUUGACCAAAAAUGGUCUGUUUGAGAUGAUUUUAAAUGGGCCAAGCCUUCUGCAGUUAUUUAAAAGUUUUCCUUUACAUUGUUGCUAAUAUUUUUUAAAAAAUCUUUGUGAAAAAAAAAGGAUUUAAAUUAAACUUAUAUCUUUUGGGCGGGCCCCAGAAAUUAUUCCAAUUCUGAUUUUUCAAAUAGAAUACAUUUUGAGUGGGGGUUGUGUGGAGGAUGAAUUUAGUAAAGAAAAGUGUUCACAAAAGGGUUUUUUAUUAAAUUUUUUGUUGAUGCUUCA